UAAACAAUAUGGCGGACAUUAGCAAGGACAUUAUUCCGGCAAAAAAGAGAAGAACAGAGGCAUCUACCGAUCUCUGCGACGAAGUUCUACAGCUUGAGCAAGAUCUAUGUUGCAAUCUUGACUCACUGAAGUUUUCUACUCCUGUUACACACGUUUAUAACCCUUUAAAAUAUGCUAAAGAAACACACGAAGACUACGUGAGAAAGUUCUGUAAAGUUGGACAAAAAGUGCUUUUCUUGGGAAUGAAUCCAGGUCCUUUUGGGAUGGCGCAGAACGGGGUAAGCAAAAAAAUAGCCACACGUUCAUUGCGUCACUUCUUAUCUGUCAAAACUUGACUCGUGGGUUUGCGCCCCUCUGACAUUUGGACGUUUGUACUGUGGUGGAGGGAGGGAAAGGUUGCAGUAAAAAUAUAAUAGGGGCAAGGGACUUAAGGGGAGGAAUUAUACCUUAGGGCGAGUGAAAACUUUUGCCAGAAUUAAGGUCAAUCAUCUUUAUCUUAAUAUAGAAUGACACUAAUUAAGGAGUUAGUGUCUGAAGAUCACCAUCCCGCACAAAGCCCCCCUCCCCACCCCCACCAAUCCUGAACCUUCUGACUCUAGAAAGGGUUUCAUACUAUCCUGUUCUAGGCUCUGAGGUAGUUGGGUCUGCAAAGUUGAGAAAGCAUGAACACAAAAUCAUAAAGCGGGAGGAAACUGGGGAGAGGGAGCUCUCCCUUUUUCCCGCCACCACCUCCUUUUUCCAGAUUACAUGCUCUUUUUUUCGUGUGUCUUUCACUUAUGCGUCAUCCAUACUAUCUGAGAGCCUGAAACAGACUGAUUUUGUAUGAAAUAGAAAGUAGACACAAGAAUGCCAUAAUGUAGUACUGUUCUGUGAUUAUUGAAUUAUGACAACAAAUUGGAGUAAAUUCUUACAAUAAUGUUAUGUGCAACUUCAUUCAUGGAGCUAGGCCUUCAUCAAAACCUGGAUCAGACCAAACCCUGUAAGCCCUUGAAUGGUACACCUAUAAAAUAAUAACAGCAUACCUGAAACAGGUCCCUGAGCAUCUUGGCAAAUGUAUUCAAAACAGUAAAGGUUUUUUGAUGUUUUGUUUAAAGGAUAGAAAAACCAAUGAAGUCACUUAACGACAAAAGGUUAGGGAUAGGAUUACAUGGGUUGAUUAUAGUCAGGUUUUGUUGUCACCAAUUCAUGUUUCUCUUAAAAUAAUUAUUACAUUAUAGUCAACUGCUGCCUGGUUAGCUCAGUUGGGAGAGUGCCGGUCUGUCGAGCAGGAGGUUUUGGGUUCAAACCCUGGCCGGACCAACACUCGGGGUCUUAAAAUAACUGAGAAGAAAGUGCUGCCUUUUUAAUGACAUCUGCAAAUUGUUAGACUUUCUACUCCUCUCGGAUAAGGACGAAAAACUGUAGGUCCCAUCAAUGAUUUGUUCUUGUGGGACCCCACAUCACUAUUUGAAGAGAGUAGGGGUCAUAGACCCCGGAGGUGUGGCCAACCUUGAUGGGUUGUGGGAUUGGGUAGGGACGGCACCUUCCAUGGGACCUGAGUCCCGAGUCCCAUUUGUGCACACUUCCUGUGGGCAAGGCCUGUGUCCAGAAAAGCUGGUAAAUAAACUAAUGAUGAAAUGAACACCAGCCAUAAGUAGUGAGUCCAAACCUUGAGGAGAGAAAGGGGUACCUGUUUGGCCAAAAUAAAGUAUUUCAGCACACUUCCCUGUAGGUCUUAGGUCCCUCCCCUAGAUCCAUCAGUGUCCAUCACACAGUCAACUCUUGAAUUCUCUUGGGACUACUACAAUGUUGUGCAGUUUACAGGCAUUUUUCCUAGGGUGAGUUGCAGUCAAAUGACUAAAGAACGGCAGGGUCCAUGCUUUGUAUAGAAAGUUAACAGUAUUAUGUUUUGGCUUUGUUGCAUAUCAUGCUUUUUGACCUUUCUUAAAUGAUCUUUGUGAUAUUUACCAGUGAGUGAAGUCCAGUUUUCUUUGGACAGGUCCCUUUUGGAGACACAAAACAUGUCAAAGAGUGGCUCCAAAUUGUAGGACAGGUGAAUAAACCAGAGAAAGAACACCCCAAGAGACCAAUCCACGGCUUAGACUGUCAAUGA